GCAGGCAGGCAGCGGGGACAUUUUGAUUUUUGCUGCUGGAUACCUGAGUUUGCCUAUUCUUCUUUUUCUUUUUUUUAUCAUAGGGGUGUGUGCACCACCUCCCAUUCACAUACUGUAACUAAUGGGAGAUUCCUGCAGCUUUCCUGCUGCUGCUUCAGGAGGGAAAGAGGAGUGAAAGAGAGUACUGCGGCGCAACUCAGAGGUGCAGAGGGGAGUUUUACUGCUGAAGGAAAAGCACAGUUAAAGAGAAGAAGAAAAUGGGACCGGCUGCCACCUCACUCGCACUCUUGUGUUUAUGUUUUGUGGGUUUGUGUCUUCCUGCAGGGACGGCCAACGCUGCACCAACACAGGCAUCUGUGCCAGAGCUCAAGAAAGCAAGAGGCGACGUUCCUGACAUUUUUCCAGAACCUGAGUCGGAGCCGACCAGCCCAAUAACAGACUUUGAAAACUCAUACAACUACGUCUUGUCCAGACUUGCUGGUUUGGACCAGGCCAUCCACAAACUGAACGUUGGUCACUACACGCUGGAUGUUAAAGUCAGCCAGUUGAUGGACCGUCUGUCAAGGAUGGACGCUAAAGUUGGGGAGCUGGAGGACAGCAUCCGCGAGGUCUACCAGCACAGCAAGGAUACCCGCAAGGAGAUCGGACGACUGGAAGGCUGUCAGAAAGGACGCAGGCUGGGCUACAAAUGUUAUCUGGCGUACAACAGCCAAGAGGAUUAUGUGGGAGCAUCCAGGAAGUGCCUGGAACGUGGAGGACGCAUGGCGAUGCCCCGUGACCGCAAGGAGCAGGAAGCCCUGGCUGAAUAUGUCAAAGCCUUCUUCCACCCGGGUAAAUGGAUCGUCUGGCUGGGUAUCAAUGACCUGAACACUGAGGGACUGUACCUCUUUGAUGAUGGGACACGGGUCUCGUACUUCCAGUGGCGUAAACACUUCCUGUCCAGCCAGCCUGACGGAGGGAAGCGGGAGAACUGCGUGGCCAUGUCUUCAGACGAUGGUGAUUGGUGGGACCACUACUGCGAUCGAACCAUGAACUAUGUUUGCGAGUUUGAUGACAGGGUGGCUCUUUAAAGUGAACUCUUAUCAAUAUAGCUUUUUGCAAUGCUACCACAUUAAACCCCUGCUGUUGAUCUUUAGAAAUAAAAAUAAAUUAUAUUUAAUGACAAUAAGAUAAUUAUUUAUUUCUCUUGAAAUUAUGCUUUACAUCGGCUACCUGAAAGAUAAGUUUAUGACAUGCAGUGUACAACCUCAGAAAAAGGUGGGACACUGUGUUAAAUGUAAAAAAA